UCACAUGUUCUACAAAGCUUUGCCACAAUGUCUCCUUCUUGCAGUGGCCGGAUUUGCAUUAUGUACUACUUUGACUGCUGUGUUUGCAAAAUAUGUCUUAUCCCAUUAUGACUGGAGUUGGCUUGUUGCUCUAGUUUUUGGUUCAAUUGUUAGUGCAACUGACCCAGUUGCUGUCGUUGCUCUACUGAAGGAGAUGAAAAUGCCUCAUUCAUUUACAAUUUUAAUUGAAGGAGAAAGUUUACUGAAUGAUGGUGUGGCUAUUGUAUUUUUCGAUUUAUUAAUGGAGCAAAUAACUACAGUGGGUCAUUUUGAUGCUGGCUUAUCUUUUCUUCAGCUUUUAAAAACCUGUGUAGGUGCUCCAGUGUUUGGCUUUGCUAUUGGGAAAGUUGCCGAAAAAUGCUUGAUUUCAAUAUACAUCAGUCCUGUAUCCGAAAUGACGAUAACUGUUGUAUUUGCAUAUGUGGCUUAUUUUGUUGCUGAACGCUUUCUUGGAAUUUCUGCAGUCCUGGCGGUUGUUUUAUAUGGCAUAACGUUGAGCAGUAACAAAAUGUGUAUAAGUCCAGAAAGUGAAAGUUUAAUUUAUACUGAUUGGAGAUUGCUGUCAUCAUAUGCUAACACCCUGAUUUUCAUGUUUGUGGGAGUUCUUGUCACUGUGAGCAUGUGGCAUCAUUACACAUACAUGGACAUGUGGUACAUUUUGGCUACAUAUUUUGCUCUUACUUUGAUCAGGGGAUUAAUGGUUGCCCUUUUCUAUCCUGUGCUGAAAAAGUCUGGAUAUGGUUUAAAUUGGAAAGAAAGCAUUGUUCUAACAUGGGGUGGCUUGCGUGGAGCUAUUGGAUUGGCCUUAUCUCUUAUGUUGAUUUCCAAUCCAGAAGUAGAUGUUGCAGUUAAUGUUAACAAGGUUUUAGUACAAGUAUCAGGAAUUAUUAUUCUUACAUUAGCUAUUAAUGCAACAACAAUAAAAAAGAUAAUGAAGUUCAUAAAAUUCAAAGAGAUAACUUUAGUUAAUCGUUUAUCCAUGGGUCAUGCAAUGGCGAAUCUAAAAGAUGUCAGAGAAAAGUCCUUAAGAAUUUGCAAAAGGGAAUGGAAAUUCCGGAAAGCCGACUGGGACUGGAUAUCUAAGAAAACUACUAUUCUAGAUCCUUAUCAUGGGGGGAUGUAUGGUGAUGAUCCCAAAAUGUGCAGUUUGUUUAUUCCGUAUGGAACUUGUGAUGAAUGCAUGAUGUCAAUAUUGCCCUCUGAACCUACUGAGAAAGAAAUGAAAGAUUUAAAGGAAACUACUCGAAAAAGAGUACUUAGAGCUUUGAAGGGAAAUCUGUGGAACCAGUUUCGAACUGGUUUGAUUCAGAGGAGAACACUCAAGUUUCUUUGUGUUGCAAUUGAUAAUGCUUCUGACAUACCUGGGAAGUACUUGAGAUCAGAGGAAAUAAGAAUAAAUUUUAUGAUAAUGACACAAUAUAUAAAAUGGUUGGAAGCUAAGUUUCCAUCACUGCUUAUAAAAGUUGAUUUGAACAAGAAGCGUGAGCAUGAAUUCAACAACCAUGAUUUGCUUUCUGCGAAGGGCAACAAAUUUCAUAAGUACUGCUUUCAAAUCUACUCCUAUUGGUGGUUUGAACCCUUGAUAUAUCUUGUCAUUUCGUUACACUUAGUUCAUUCUGUGUUUGACAUUAAGAAGACUUAUGACUCUGUUUGGUUUCGAAAUUUCUUGAUUGUUUUUGUGGUUAUUUACAUCAUUGAAAUCAUAAUAAAAAUGGGUGCAUUUGAAUGGAAAUCCUAUUUCAAGAAAUAUUUAAACUUACUGGACUUCACAGUUACUGCAGUGAUCUCUGUUGAAUCUUUAGUUGAUUAUUUUUUAAGUGAAUAUUAUUAUCAAAGUAUAAUAAUAUAUGUAAGAUUUAUUUUGGCAUUGAGGCUUGUUGGAGGAUUUAAAGCAUUAAAGGUUGUAAUUCUCAAAUUUGUAUCCUUAUUUCAACGAUAUAUAUUUAACCAGUUGUAUUCUGCUUAUGAUAUUGGACGAGGCUUUCUCCUUGCAAAUGAAGAUGUUUUAAAAAAUAUGGACACGAUUGUGGAUUUUGGACCAUGCGCUAAAAUUCCUACACUUAUUUGUGAUAAUAACAUUAAAGAAAUGCUAGAUUUUCUUGAUGAGUUUGAAAGAAUUUUCCCUUCUGUUGUGUGUGCUCUGAAGUCUAAUCGGGCUGCUCGAAAAAUUUUGAAUAGAAUGAAAUUUGGUCUGGAGCGCUUUAUGGAGAAAUCAAUCAUAAGUCGAGAAAAUUUCCAAGAACUUUCAAAUGUGUUAUUUGAGUUAACAAAGAAAGUUGCCUUUGCACCCAUAACACGCAGCAUAAAUAAAGAUUUUAAAAUGGUGCUAGAAGCUGUUGAUUGGAUCACUAAUGACCAAUUAAUUAAAGAUAUAACAGAAAAUCAUACUUUGCAUUCGUAUAUGUCAGGACAAGUAAUUCAAAAGAAGGGAGAUGUUCAUAGCCAUGUAUAUGUUGUUGCAAGUGGCAUAGUGAAAGUAAUAGGAUGGAAAUCAGAAUAUGAAAGUUGGAGGUCUCAAACUGCCAAUAAGCUUCCAAAUACAGAUUCUUUAGCUCUAUUUAGGAAAAGCCAUAGGGAAGAAUUUUGUGAUUAUCUGACUACUUCAGAUACCAUUGGGCUUUUAGGAUUUUUGCAGAAAACCAAUUCUGUCACUACAGUUAUUUGUGAGAAACAUUCCGAGCUAAUUAAAAUCGAGUAUUCCUUAUUAAAUGAUGCUGAACAGCAAUGGAACAAUUUGAUUUACUCUAUGUGGAGGAGCAUCAGCAUAAAAAUAUGUUUACCAAUAUUGAAAAGACAAGAACGUUACAAGAAAUCUUCAGAUGAUAAGAUAAAUUCACGUUUGCAAAAUGGAAUUUUACCAGCCUUAAGAAACGUAACAUACUUUGAUGUACCAUCAACAGUUGAAGACAUGCUUGUAGUGCAAGGCAAAGUAAAAGACUUUUCCAGCAGGAAGCUUUUUACGGGACCAGCUUACAUUCCUAGUACAUACAGAAAACUGCAUUUAUUAGACAACAGCAAAACCAGACCAAAAGUUGUCAUGCUUCUGUUAUUAAAUAGAAAACUUGAUACAAAUUGCCAGCAUUGGAUUGAUGUGAACAAUAUUGGACCCAAACCCAUUUGUGAUCAACACAAUUUGGAACAUUCUAGAUCUUUUACAAAAUUCAAAAAGCAACUUUGAAAGAAAAUAAGAAUUUCAUUUCUAGUAACGUCAUCCUUUUACUCAGAAUUUGAAUUAGAGAAGAAUUUUAGCAAAAUUAAAGUCAAGAUUCAGUUACUAGCAGCUUAAGUUUUAUAUUAGACAUUGCUGUUCAACAUGCAACCAUAGCUGGGGCAAACCUAACCUGGCAGCUUCG